UCUAUUUCCCACAAAUUUUCACAAAAACGUUUUUACAUUUUAACUCCUCGUCGACCGACAAUAUUUGUAAGGCGGCGACGACGGCGGAAUCGGCGAAUCAUUAUUUCUAGGGUUAGUCUCUCUCUCUCUCUUCUUCUCUUUUACUUCUUAAAUUAACAACAGUUCGCUGCCCGUAAUUUUCAUUUUCAGGACUCAGGUCUGACUUUGACCUUCAUAACGACCACUGGAUUUUCACUAGGAAACAAAAAAUCGAGGAGAAUAAUAAUGUCUAGUAGAAAAGAAACAGUUUUAGAUCUUGCCAAGUUUGUUGACAAGGGCGUCCAAGUCAAGCUUACUGGUGGAAGACAAGUGAGUGGAACACUGAAGGGAUAUGACCAGUUGCUGAACCUCGUGCUGGAUGAAGCAGUUGAAUUUCUGAGAGAUACUGAUGACCCUUUGAAGACUACAGACCAGACCAGACGCUUAGGCUUGAUUGUUUGUAGAGGAACGGCGGUAAUGCUUGUUUCCCCAACUGAUGGCACUGACGAGAUUGCUAACCCUUUCGUCCAGCCAGAUGGUGCUUAGCUCAUGUUUGUGUUCAGCUGUAAUGACUUUGACUAAUUGACAUACUAGCUGGGUCAGAUUUUCUGUAGACCGUGGCAGUUCUGUGUUGUAAUGUUUUUAGUUUGCUUAAUUGUGCAUUUUGAAAACAUUUAUUGCUUGUCAUAAUUUCUU